CAGAAACGAGCAAGGAAAUCCCCAAGUGAGAGUUACGACAGACUCCGCCGUAAGAUAGUGGGCAACUUCCGACUGCGAGAGCCGUAACCCAACGCCGAGUAUCAGUCGACAUACAAACCAAAUACACGCACACUCGGUUCGCGUUCGUGACAAAUAUCAGUCCACAGGUAAAGUAAGCACUUGCUUUUUAUCAUUUCUGGGUGGAUUAACAAAGAACUGUCGCCUUAGCGGAAGAGCACAGCCAACCACCGAUUCGUGGUUGUUGUUUAUGAAUACAUCUACCAAAGAGAAGCAGGAAGACAUGUACGGAAUGGCAGGAAUGCCCGAUCUUCUACCACCGUCAGGUGCACUACAGCCCAGUCCUGUGAUUCCCUACGACCACGGACAGGCAGGGAGAAACGCCGCCCCACGGAGAACGCAGAGAGCCCCAAAACUCGGACAGAUCGGGCGGUCAACGAGAGUGGUUAUUGAUGAUGAGGAUCUGGAUGACAUAAUAAACAAUAACAGAAGUUUCCCAGCAUUGCAGAGAGUGUCACCUGUUGCCUAAUGCAUGACAGACUGUGCCAAAGCUGUUAAGAGGCCAACACACCAAACCAGGCCUACAGUAUCAAAUUGAACUAACUUCUCACUUUUAUUCACUCUUUUCAAUGCUUCAAGGUCAAACGGGUGACUUCACUUCCUCUACAUUUUUCGCUUGCCUAUCACAGUUGAUGUUGUGCUUUUGUGGCACUGGGAGAUGCCUGUGUUCCUUUGUUCUGGACAUUUCUCGCAGUGGAGAUCUUGGUGAUAUCUUACAGGGCUAUAUUUAUUAAACUUGCACUUUACUGCAGAAAAAGAAAAACAAUGCUGACCUUAGCAGGUUGGUUUACUCAUCUCCCAAAGAGGACAUUUUCCUGUGAAAUUCUGUUAACGUGUAACGCACCAUUUUGUACGACCUGCGGUAGCCUUGGUAACUGGGAGCAAACUUGGUCUGCUUUGACAUAUGUCUCAGAUGUAGUCUAAAUGACAUCAGUAAAACUGUUUUAAUGGGCCUGUUGCCUUUGGUUUGGAGUGAGUAUUCUCUCACUGAUUUGAAUGAACAAGCAAAUGUUCUGUAUUGAUGAUGCUGGGUAAAAUGUGUGUUGCUCUUAGAAUUGUUUUUCACUUGUUGAUGUUUUGCAUGGGAAAUUUGGCAAAUUGAUUGUUUUAGUAAAUUGUUUUGGGGAGUGCGGUGGGACUGGGAGUAUUAAAGAAUGCAUGACCAGA